CCCUCCUUUUCUCUCUGGAAAGUGCUUCCGGAGGCACUGCUGCCGAGGCGGCUGCUGCCGGAAGCAACAUUGGUCUCCUGUCCCGAGGCAAGUCGGUGUUUCUGUUGGGGACCUCGGAGAGGUGUCAGUUAAAGCCGAUGAGAAUUUGUACAAUGUCAGACAAGUAGUGUGAUUUAACAGCCAACUCUCCUAAAGGCAGUGAUCUUCCUUCUAUACCAUGCUGUCUUUCUAUAGUUAGUUCCUGGUCAUCUCUACAAAACCUGAAGAUUUCAAAGUACAUUUGGUAUACAUCUUUCCCCCGGGAAUUGUAAUGCCAAGGAAUAGAUCUACCCCUCUGAUGACGAUACAAAUGCUCUAACUUCCUAUUCAAUUUUUUGAUUAAGGCUCCAAAUUCAAUGAAAAACAAAAUUCUCUCUAGUUUCUCAUGAAGCCACACUACUGCUUGUUCACUUUGGUGGUGUAUGCCGUUAUUCCUACUGCAUUUUUCCUGAAUGAUGUAGAAUACAACAGAACAAUAGCAGUAGAAGCAAAUCAUACUGCUUACAAUGGCUCCUUUCACCCAACUUUUGAAACCUUAUCUAAUACCCACACAAGUGGUAAUUUUGUCAUAGCCAAAGAGGGGACCAGUGUUUUGAUUCAGUGUCUUCUCACCACCAGCCAUUAUGAAGACAUUCUUUGGUACAAUUCCAAAGGGCCAUUGCCUGAUCCAGAAAGAGGAGGUGGAAAAUGGUUGAUCUUCAGAAACUACCUAAAUAUCACCAAUGUAACCUUUGAUGACCGUGGUCUCUAUACUUGCCUAGUCACUUCUCCAGUCCAUGAUUCUUAUUCUGUCACCCUAAGAGUUAUUUUCACUUCUGGAGACAUGAGCAUCUACUACAUGAUUGUCUGCCUGAUUGCCUUCACAAUAACUCUCAUAUUGAAUAUUACACGUCUGUGCAUGAUGAGUAGCCACCUUCGAAAGACUGAGAAAGCCAUCAAUGAAUUCUUUAGGACAGAAGGUGCAGAGAAGCUUCAGAAGGCCUUUGAGAUUGCCAAACGCAUCCCCAUCAUUACUUCAGCCAAGACCCUAGAACUAGCCAAAGUUACACAGUUUAAGACCAUGGAGUUUGCCCGCUAUAUUGAGGAACUGGCAAGAAGCGUUCCUCUCCCACCUCUCAUUCUUAAUUGUAGGGCAUUUGUAGAGGAGAUGUUUGAAGCAGUGAGGGUGGAUGAUCCUGAUGACAUGGGAGAAAGAAUCAAAGAAAGACCAGCUUUAAGUGCCCAAGAUGGUAUCUAUGUCAUCACUUCAGAUAUUGGACGUAGUAAUUCCCCAGAAGGAGAUUCAGAGGAUGGCUCCCUGAAUGAGCAGGGCCAGGAGAUAGCAGUUCAAGUUUCUGUUCAUCUUCAAUCAGAAACUCAAAGCAUUGGUACAGAUUCUCAAAACAGCUGUCAUUCCAACCCAUCUGAAGAGGUAGGAUCUCCUGAACUCAACUCUAACUGCAAAGAUGGAGCAUCUGAAAGUUAACAUUUGAUCUUUUCAGAACUUAAAGGAGAACGUAUCUAGGAAAACACAACCUGUCUCUUACAACAGUGACACACAGAAAUUAUUGAACUUUUUUGCAGAAUGAAAAUUGCCAAAUCUCCCAGGGAAAAUGCAAUUUUUUUCCUAUUUGAUAUUUCUCCUCUGUGAGUGCAAGUUCCCUAAAUUUUAUUUAUAGACUCUGAGAAUUUUAGAGCUAGAAUAACUCUUAGAAAUCAGUGUGGCAGGGGCAGCUAGGUUGUUCAGUGGUUAGAGAGCCAGGCAUGGCUCAGUCAAUCCUGGGUUCAAAUUUGGCUUCAAAAGUCACUUGCCACCAAUUGCCUAAUUCAUCCUCCUCUUCUGUCUUAGCAUCGAUAGAAGGUAAGGAUUGGGGGAGGGGGGGGAAUCAGUGUGGCAUAGUGAAAAAUCAAACCAGAAGUCAGAAGACUAGCAAUUGUAGUCCUUCUCCUUUUCUUUAUUAGUUCUGCAGCCAUGAACAAUAAUUUUACCUCUUAAAUGGAGAUCAAACUAAAUUAUCUCCAAGACACUCUGAAGCUCUAAAAUUCUUUUAGCCAUCAUCUCUAAGCCAGCAAAGUUUUUAGCAUAUCCCAAUAAGAAAUCCUUCUGUAGACUCCUUAACUACCAGUUUAGGGAUUUGGGAGAGGAUUUUUUUCCCCAAAUAUUUUACCACAUGGGUAGUAUAAUUACAUAUCCAUGGUUUUACUGUAUGAUGAACUAUGUAUUGUAUAUGGGAGACUAAUUUUACAUAUGAAUAAAUUACUUUUAAUAAAUUGCUCCCGUUUGAAAGGUGUAUGAUAACUUUUAGGUCACCAAAUUACCAUAAUGCAUUGAAGGUAGUAUUUGAUAAAAUGGUUCACAAAAGUAAUUCACCUAAGAAAAAUUUUUUGAUGUUUUAUUUGAAAUAAGAACAGUAUCCAACUUUCUCUGGUAUAAAUUAUGAAACAAAGAUUUUAAAUUCAUUUUUCAUAGACUAACUUUGGAUAAAAAGAUUGUGUGGGAGAAAUCCCAUUUUAAUCAUGAAUGUGAAAACAAUUUCUAAGUCUUUGAAAGUUGAUAGAGUAUCUACCCAUAGUCAUUUAAGUAUGGCAGUGAAUGUUGUCUUUCCACAUCCCCCAACCUUAUUUGUAUUUGAAUUUGAAGACAGGGCUGCAUUAGGGCCCAGUUAGAAGAAAUUCAAGAGGUUUGCUAAGGAGUCAUACUUUAAUGGAAAAGAUUAUGAAGUCUGUAUUGUUUAAUUUGAUACCUUAUAGGGUCAAUUUCAUCGAUGUGUAUAUAUCUUCCACCAACUUACAAUUGCUAUGGCCAAAGAAAUUCAUUACCUGGAAAGCCAGCCUUUUGGUGAUAAGCCUCUUCUGAAUUUCAUGGACUUGUUGAAUGACAGACACAUACAUAAUCCAUCAUUUGUCCCUUUCAGCUCAGUAGACUCUACUAUGGAGCUAACCAGGGAUGGUUUUAAAGGACGUAGACUCACCUCUAUGGCAUGAUGAGCCAUAGCAUUGGGAUGUUAGUGGAAGUCAGUUACAUUCCUGUAUAAAAUGUAAAUGCCAAUUGGUCUUAGAGUUCUCAAAGCAUGUAUUUUAUAACAUGGGAUUUGUGGUUCAGUUGUAAAUAUGAACCAUUCAGAUUGCAUUUCUUAUUUGAGAUAUGGUGUUAUUAUCUCUCAUAAACAUGCUACAGAUUUUCUUUCAGUUCCUGAAAGUACUGUGCCAUAUAAUUUUAAGAACUUGGCAACUAAAGCACUAUUUAGUACCUCACAUUUCUCUCAUUUGGCUUCCAAUUAUUGAAACAUAACUGGAAAAAACGGUUCCUAAGGGGAACAUUUAGAGAAAAUUUGAUCAGGAUUUAAUUUCUCAUAUCAGAGAAAGGAUGGCAGAAAAUACAAUGAGUAACCUGAUAAAGAUAAUCAUUCCCUUUGUCUUGGUUGAUCAGAAGUAACUCAUCUGCCUUAGAAAGGAACAGAUCUGUGAAUGCUUGGAUCAGAUGCCAUUAAGGAAAAAAAAGAGAUGAUGCAUCUAUUUAUGAGCCAGUGAAAAUUGGAGUAUUCUUAGCUAACAGACCUGUAUUUCUACAAGUCUUUUUUCCCAUAGAUUUGGCCAUGGAGCAAAGAUUUUUUUUCUUUUUAACAUUUGAAAGUUUCAGACCAACUCUAUUUUCCCACUAUUACUAUUAUGUUGGAAGAAUUAGCAAAAUGUUUUUUAUUUAGGUGAUCUAGCACACUGUUUUAUGUCCCAGAUGCUGGCUUUGACCUAAAGACAUACAACUUGAGCAAAAAAUAUUUCAUUUUCUAGAAUGCAACUGCCUUAAUACAGAAAAUAGCUUCAAAUGAAAUAUAUUGGUAGUAGAAUAAUGAUUAGUGUCCUACAAAAUGACACCCCAAUUUGAUGAAUUUGUUUUCUGCAUAGUUUCCCAUUAAACUGUAAUAACUAAAAUAGUGCGAGCCAUAAACUGUGGCAGUUAAAAGCGUGGAAGAACUAAAUUGUAAGAGUUAAAAUAAACUGUUACAUUUAAAAUAGUGGAAGAUAUAAAUUAUAGUAGAUAUAAGAGUGGGUGAACAAAUUUAAGACCGCAGAAAAUAUGUUUCACUACAGUGUCUUGGUUUUAAAUCAAAUAUAAGGUGGUCGCCAGGGAAAUAUUCCCAAUCAUGAAUAUACCCAAGUCAACUGGGUUUUAUAGAGAAUUUAAUAAUACAAUGAGAAAUUAAAGAAAAGAGAGAGAGAGAAAAAGGAAAUAAGUAUGAAGGGCCUUAAGCCAACAUGGCCUAGACCUGAGUCUUGAGAGAGAGAGAUAAUUUAGUCAGUCUUUUAUCACUCACCACAAGGUCUGUCUAAGCAAGGAUUCUAGUGACAGAGUCUCAUCAGAGAGAGUUCCAGCCAGAGUCCUCCUCAAAGAGCCUUCCAGCCAGAGACUGUUUCAAAGGGCCUCUCUCAAGAGCCUCCAGAGGGACAGAGUCCCCUCAGAGGAGCUCCAGCGAGACCUCCUUAGAGAUUGUCCUUCAAGAGCUUCCCUUCUCCAGAGCCUCUCUCAAGAUAUCUUUCAAAAGGAUUCUCUUCUCAAGCGAUCCUCAUAAGAGAUUCCUUCUCAAGAGAAUCUCUUUCUUAUAUAGGGGGUUUUUCUCCUAUGUCACCUCCCCUAAGUCCUUACAUCUACCAAUCACAGUAGACGUUUUCCAAAGGACAACCCAUUCUAAAAACACUGCUGGGUCGACUAAUCCCUUUAGUAAGUUUGUAACAGAAAAAACUUCUGAAUAAGUUUUCACCUCUUUGCUCCUGGCAAGUUUACAAGUUGCCUCACCCUUAAUAGGUACUUAGCACCCCAUUGUAUUAAUUCUAAAAAUAGGCAUGGCUUAAAGAACUUUUUGCCUCAUUUAAAGUACUUUCAUUGUUUAGCAAGGAGUUCUCUCCCCUAAAGUAGUCUUAAGUAUGGGUGGAGUAGAGGUCCUCCCAUUUCUGAUCCAAGUAGAGUUCUCACUGUCAAAAUGGGGAAUGUUCCCAGUAGGGAAUUGUUCCAAUGGAGAAUUCCCCAAUGUGGAAAUUUUCAACAUUCACAAGUCUGAGAAAUUUCAAGAUUCACAAAAACAUACAACUUGAUGAAAGGUAGCCAACUAACAAGGAUGUGAAAUGAGAAUAUUUUGAAAGAAUAUGAGUAACUUGGUUUUGAAGCAAAUGUGGCUUAAUUGUGAACAACAUAGAGAUAGCAGUUCUGUUGGGAGUAACAGUAGGUCAACAAUUAAACUGAGUUGUUAUCUCAGGCAUCCCUCCUUCUCACCAGCAUCAUUGAUUCCACAAAAAUAAAUAGGGCAGAAUUAUAUUAUGAGGAAGUUGUAUUCAAAGUUCCAGCUCAAAUUCAAGUCAUCAUCAGCCACUUUGCAUCUCAGGCAAACAGAUAAAUGAUGUUUUAUUUCAGAAUUUUACAGUGUUAUAUUGAGUUUUUUGAUUAUCACAUUAGUCAUUUCAAAUGUUUGAUCUGGGUAAUGUUAUACAAAGUAACCCUAUACUGCUUAGCACAUGUUCUAAGGAAGAAGAAACUAUGUUUAUUAUCAUACUCUGUAUUUAUUAUUCAUAUAUUGUAGAGUUUUAACUUUUUGUAAAAUUCCUUCUGAGAUAAAACUACAGUUUUUGGACAAUCACUGUAGUAUAUUUCUCUUUUUAGCCUGACUUGACUUUUUAAGUAAUAUAAAAUGCUGUGUAUAAUAUUUCUAAAAUAGUUUCAUCAUGGGCAUUUGUAAUUUUUAAAUUGUAUUCUGAUUUAUGAAUAAGCAGAAAUGUCUAUCAAUGGUAAGCUUACAGAAUAAAUUUUACAAAAAAUGAAGCAUUUUCUCUUCUCAUUAAAAUAUAUUAAGAGAUUUCAUUACCCUUCAAGAAGAUACUGGUCCAGGUGUAGGCUGUCCAACUUGUGGCAUCAGGCUUUUUGGUGUGUCGUUACAACAAAAUUGUUGCUAUUAAAACAUUUUGUCAUGUUUUAGUGACCUGGCCUCAGGCCUGGGUGCCCAGUUUCUUACCAGCUGUCUAGAUAAAUAUUUUUAAAUGAUUGGCUAUUAUUAAGUUAGGAGGUAUAGUUUCAACAAAUAUAAUUAGAAUAUGAAGUUGAGCCUCAAAUAAAAUGAUGAAUUUCAAACUA